AUGGAGUCCCCCCUGGAAGAAAAGGAUGAGGCUCUGCUGCCGGACUUCCCCAAAGGACCCUUGCAGACCUACCGGGCCAGGGCGUCCUUCAGCUGGAAGGAGUUGCUGCUGUUCCUGGAAGGAGAAGACAUAAUCCGCUUGAAGAGAACCAUCUUCUCGACUCUGGAGAACGACCCUCUCUUUGCCCGGUGCUGCCGAGGGGACAUAGCUGUGGACAAGUACCGUGAACUGAGCUUCCUGCGGUGCAAACGCUUUUUGGAGUACAGAUUCGUGAGGGUGAAGGACUUCCUCCAGGCACCUGUGAAAGUCUCCGUGCUCAUUGAGUGCAUGGGCAUGUACGACUGGUCUGUGGGUAUCAAGUACAUCCUGAACAUGUUGGUUUUCACCUUGACUGUCUUCAGUUUGGGUUCUGAAAGGCACUUCGAGUACAUCCAGAAGAUCUUCAAAAUGGAGAUUUUCGGAUGCUUUGCUCUGACGGAACUCAGUCAUGGGAGUAACAGCAAGGCCAUCCGGACUACAGCUCACUACGAUCCCAGCUCCGAGGAAUUCAUCAUAAAUUCCCCUGAUUUCGAAGCCUCCAAAUUCUGGGUUGGCAACAUGGGGAAGACUGCGACUCACGCUGUUGUGUUUGCUCAGCUGUACAUGCCAGGCGGCCAGUGCCACGGACUACACGCCUUCGUGGUGCAGAUCCGGGACCCCAAGACCCUGCUCUCCAUGCCCGGGGUCAUGGUUGGCGACAUCGGCAGGAAGCUCGGGCAGAACGGGUUGGAUAAUGGCUUCGCCAUGUUCCACCAUGUGCGGGUCCCUCGACAGGCCCUCCUGAACCGCACCGGAGAUGUCACCCCCGACGGCUCCUACGUCACGCCAUUUAAGGACAACAGGCAGCGCUUCGGGGCCUCCCUGGACAGCUUGUCUGCUGGCCGUGUAAGUAUCAUGAGUAUGUCCACGGUCAACUUGAAGCUGGCUGUGUGCAUCGCCAUCCGGUUCUCGGCCACACGGCGCCAGUUUGGACCCACCAACAUGGAGGAGAUCCCCGUGCUCGAGUACCAGAUGCAGCAAUGGCGGCUGCUCCCAUACCUGGCGGCUGUCUUUGCCUUGAGCCACUUCUCCAAGUGUCUCUUCAUUAACCUGUUGGAGUUCUAUCAAGGCAUGCAGAGUCAGGGGCGGAGUGCUCAGCAGGCAGCGCUUGGACGCGAGAUCCACGCCUUGGCCUCUGCCGGCAAGCCCCUGACCUCGUGGACGGCCCAGCGAGGGGUCCAGGAGUGCAGGGAGGCUUGUGGAGGACACGGCUAUCUAGCUGUGAACCGCCUGGGUGACCUUCGGGACGAUAACGACCCAAACUGCACGUACGAAGGGGACAACAAUGUCCUGCUACAGCAGACCAGCAACUUCCUGCUCAGCCUCCUGGCAGAAAAAGCCCAAGGUGGAGCUCGAGCUGAAAGCCCUUUGAAGAUCACGGGCUUCCUGGAUGCAUAUCCCGACAUUCUCAGCCAGAAGUUCAGCGCCCCCAGUGCAGGGAAUGCCUGGGCCCCUGAGGAGGUCCUUGACCACAGCUACACCCUGGCAGCAUACAGGUGGCUGGUGUGUUACCUACUGCGAGAGAGUGACCGGAAGUUGAAUCAGGAGAAGCAGGCGGGAAGCAGUGACUUUGAUGCCAGGAACAACUCUCAGGUGUACCACUGCCACUCCCUGGCCCUGGCCUUCAUGGAGCUCACAGUGGCCCAGCGGUUCCAUGACUUCACACGGCACGCCAGUGUGCCCCCCUCGCUGCGCGACGUGCUGGGCCGGCUCAGCGCACUCUACUCCGUGUGGUCCCUGAGCCAACAUGUAGCUACUCUGUACCAAGGUGGCUACUUCUCUGGGGAGCAGGCGGGGAAGAUGGUCAAGGCCACCAUCUUGGAUCUGUGUUCCCAGUUGAAAGACGAUGCCGUGGCCCUGGUGGACGUGCUGGCCCCUUCUGACUUUUUCCUGGACUCGCCGAUUGGCAAGGCUGAUGGCCAGCUUUACCAGAACCUCUGGGCUGCCGUACUUCAGGGGAACCAGGUGCUCGAGAGACCAUCAUGGUGGCCCAAGUUUUCCUGUGAGAAACUUGAGUUCAGGAGCCUGAAGCCAAAGCUAGCCCAGCUCUGCCCCAUCUCUCCCUACCUGCGUGAGGUGGACCCCACCUGGCCCAAGUAG